AUGCCGCGUACACCUCUCCGACAACCGGCCGCUCGCCUCGGACGAUGCCUGUGUACAACCACUCGAUCACAGCCCCGAAGCGUCUCGACACAGCUACCAGCAUCCUCACAAGGUCGUCUACCCACGCAGCAACGCCGUUGGCAUAGCGAGUUCUCAUCAGUCAAUCCGAACGAGGUGGAGCACUUCAAUGCCCUCGCCGCCGACUGGUGGUCGCCGCACGGCUCGUCACGACUGCUGCACCUCAUGAACCCCCUACGUCACGACUUUAUCCGCGCCUGCCUGGCCAGGGACGACAUCGCUAGCAACGCACAGCCAACGAAGCUUCGAUACCUCGAUAUUGGCUGCGGCGGCGGCAUCUUUGCCGAGAGCGCUGCCCGCCUACCCACCACCGCGCACGUCACCGCCAUUGAUCCGACGCCAUCUGUCCUGGCCGUCGCGCAAGCUCACGCGAAGCGCGACCCGGCCCUGCGCGGCAAGCUCGACUACCAGCUGACGUCGAUUGAGAAGCUCGCCGUCCCCGAGAAACCAUACGAUAUUGUCUCGCUGUUUGAGGUGAUUGAGCACAUUGACGAUCCAGGCGCGUUCCUCGACCGCGUACGGCCGUUUGUGCGACCCGGGGGCUGGCUCGUCAUGAGCACCAUUGCGCGCACAUGGAUGAGCUGGUUCACGACGAAUCUCGUCGCCGAGGAUCUCUUACGUAUUGUACCUCCUGGCACGCACGACUGGAACAAGUAUAUCAACGAGGAGGAGCUGCGGGGCUUCUUUGCGGGCAAGGGCUGGAACAGCCCCAAGGUCAUGGGCGUCGUCUACGUGCCAGGCUUGGGGUGGAAAGAGGUCCAAGGAAGCGAAAAGGUGGGCAACUACUUUUUUGCCGUGAGACGAGACGAGUAA